AUGGAAAACUAUUUUAAAGGAAAAAACGUGGAGGAAGAGUUGGAACGAUGUAAAAUACCUAUCAAUAAUAUUCCUAAUAACUUUCUCUGGAUGCAGGUAAAAGGUGGUAGUAAGAUGACCAAUUUGAUAUCUCAUGCAGCUGGGAUCAUAGAAGACAAAGCAGCAACUGCUGUUGUUUGGUCUGGUGCUGGAGUUGCUAUCGCUAAAGCUAUCUCGUGUGCAGAGAUUUUAAAACGACAAUAUUCCAUUCGACAUCAAGUGACAAAAUUAUCUUACAAAAGUGUUGAAGAAUAUUGGGAACCAAAAGUUGAUGGCUUAGAAACAAUUGUGGUUAAAAGACAAAUUCCUGUUAUUCACAUAUUGCUUUCAACUGAAGAAAUACAAGAUAUAAAUCAACUUGGGUAUCAAAAUUCUCAAAAUAAAAAGUUCUGGGAAAAACCUGCUAACAAUGCCACAAAGCAACACCAGUCACAUAAGACCAAGAAGCCAUUUAAAUAUAAAAAUAUAGAACAA